AUGCAACAAGUCCGCCCGCCCCGUCAGUACCGCCGCGACCAUGGCAUCGGACGGACGCACGAAGCGCUCGCAGUCGAUAUGCGCGCCGGCUUCCGCUAGCAUGGAGGCCCUUGUGGCCCCCAUGGAGACCACCCCGGCCCCUCGCCGCCGCCCCGCAGCGCGCUCCCAAUCCGCCAGAAUCACUGGCGGCCGAAGUGUCAGACACCGGCGUCAGCAACAGCAACAGCAGCUGGAUAGAGAGACCAGAGCGCGCUACAGCUCCGAACCAAGACUAGCAGAAGCAGAAACCCCCCCUCAAGUGAGAAGGCAAGCUUCAGCGAGACGCAGACCGCCGCCCGGGCAUAACUCCCAACCACGCCGCUCCAAUGCCUUCCUGGAUGUUCCAAAACACCAACCAGAACAGGAGGAACCAGACGAGGAUUCCUACAGGCUCCGGACCUUCAACGUCACGCAGAAAGGAGGAAUCGUCAACCGCGGCGACUCAUUCCGCCGCCGCCGCUCCCGCUCCGGCUCGCUAGCACCGUCGCCUGCGCAGCCCGAACCCAGCGAACGACGUGUGGUCGCCCUACACAGGGUCGCCAUGGUUGGCGCGCCUGGCGUGGGGAAGACUGCCUUAAUCAGCCAGUUUCAGACUAGCGAGUGUAUUAACGCAUAUGACGGACAGAGAGUUACAUGCUGUUUCAUGUGUUGCUCCACUACAUAUAACACUGUUGAGGAACCCAGAGAACGACGUGUGGUCGCCCUACACAGGGUCGCCAUGGUUGGUGCGCCUGGCGUGGGGAAAACUGCGCUAAUCAGCCAGUUUCAGACUAGCGAGUGUAUUAACGCGUAUGACGGACAGAGAGAUCCUGAUGCAGAACAGAAAGUAUCCAUCAUGCUGAACGGGGAGGAAUCAGAAUUAUAUUUCGUCAACUGUACUACUUCUAAGGAGGAAAUCGACCGCUCAGAGCCUGCAGACGCGUUCGUGCUCAUAUACAGCGUGGUCGACAAGGCGUCCUUCCAGAAGGCUGAGCAGGAGCUGGCCAGGCUACUGGACUGCGAUAUGCUGAGGUCGAGGCCAGCUGUGCUGGUUGGGAACAAGAUAGACCUGGCACGGAGUCGGGCUGUCUCAACACAAGAUGGCAAAUGCCUAGCGUGCACAUACAAAGCGAAGUUCGUCGAGGUCUCCGUCGGAAUCAAUCACAAUGUGGACGAACUUCUCGUCGGUAUCCUCAGCCAGAUCAGACUGAAGAAACAACAGUAUUCAGCCGAAGGAGGAAGGGAGUCGUCACCAGCCCAUUGGUACAAAUCUAGGGGCGUAGUACGAGCUAGCAUGAAAGCCCGACAAAUGCUCACCUGGAUAUUCGGUAAAGAGGAUUCCAAAUUCAAAAACUGUGAGAAUCUAAACGUCCUGUGAGUAGAGAACGACGGACCAGUGUUCGUCUAAUGGAAUUUGGACUUUAUAACAAGUGUGAUUAAGUGUAAAUUUGCAUUGUGUUCGUUUUAAGUGUUAUAUUCGAUUUUACUUUUAAGUUCGCGGAGACGUUU